AUGUCUGACUUGCCAAUCCCCGGAACCGUCCAUCAGGUUGAUCAGGCGGAUCACAUCCAAGGUGUCCGUCGCAGUCCGAAAAACCACGAUAUCAUUCUACUGCCUCAGCCAUCAGAUCAUCCUGAUGAUCCUCUCAAUUGGUCCAAGUGGCGCAAGCUCGUCAGCGUCUUGGGCUACAACAUCUAUACCCUGGGCGUGGUGCUCAUGGUCUCGUGCUACACCCCGGCAAAUCUACAAAUCCAAGAGAAGACUGGGAUCCCCGUUGCCAACAUCAAUACUGGCGUCGGCAUCUAUUUCCUCUUCAUCGGCUAUUCGAAUCUUAUUUGGCAAUCGCUUGCCCUCAAUUACGGUCGACGACCAGUCCUGUUGUUGUCGUUCCUGCUAGUCAUCGUCCAAGCUCUUUGGCAGGCAUGGUGCAAGAAUACGGCACAAUGGUAUGCCAACCGCGUUCUCAUGGGUAUAUCCGCAGGUCCAGUCGAGACACUCCUCGAGCUCAUCGUGGCCGACUUACAUUUCAGCCACGAGAGAGGGUUUUACAUGAGCAUCUACGUGUGGUUGCUGUUCAACGGCCCCUUUCUAGGCUGCAUUCCAGCAGGCUUUGUUGCUGACUCUUUGGGUUGGCAAUGGAUCGAAUACAUUGUCUGCAUCAUCGGCGCCGGUCUGUUCGUUUGGCUGUUCUUCACCUUUGAGGAGACGGCCUUCUACCGGCCCGACGUGAUCUCUGCCGAGAAUAUCGACAGCAUCGCAUCAAAGACUGCCAUCUACGAUGCCGAGGCCAAUGUCGCACUCCCCCAAAAGGGAGAAAAGGGUGGUGCACUUGAAGCAACAGGAGCAGACACCAUCAAGGCCCCGACGACCAGUGUCGACGCGACGCUUGACAUUGUGAGCCAGCCGAAGUCGUACUGGAAACGACUUAGUUUUCUUCCUACUCACGACGCAAGGAGGAAGAGCACGGUGUGGAGGAACUGUUAUCUUUCUAUCGCUCUGCUACGAUUUCCCGCCGUCAUCUACUCUGGUCUGCUGGUUGCAUUGUCUCUCUCUUGGUUCAAUGUUGUCAACGGCACUCUUCCGAGUAUAUUAGGUGCAGAGCCCUACAACUUCAGCGCCAACAUUGUCGGCGUCUUCUACAUUGCCGCUGUCAUUGGAGUGGGAUUUGGCAGCUACUUCUCAGGGCAGUUGAGCGACAGAGUGGCUGUUUAUAUGGCACGCCGCAACAACGGUGUCUUUGAGCCGGAACAUCGUCUAUGGGUGUUCCUCUUCGCACUAAUUCUACAUCCAUUGGGGUGCCUACUGUUUGGCGUCGGCGCGGCUCACAACAUCCACUGGGUCGGUCUCGCUUUCGGUUUGGGUAUUUUCUGUGCCACUCUGCCCAUGGGUUCCUCAGUGGCGUACAAUUAUGUCAUUGACAGCUACAAAGAGGUCGCCGGUGAGGGUCUUGUGUCGGUGGUCUUGAUUCGGAACACUAUCGGCUUCGGUUUUGCUUAUGCAAUUGUUCCCAUGAUCGACGCCUUGGGCUUGCAGGGGGCCUUCAUACUACUCACUUUUCUGGGGCUAUUCAUCUGGUGUCUCACCUUCGUGAUGAUCAUGUACGGCAGCAGAUUUCGCAAGUAUACGGCUCGAGCAUACUGGAAACUAGUUGAAGAACAAGGGCUACGUGUUCAUUGA